AGAGAGAGAGAGAGAGAGAGAGAGAGGGGACGACAGGGAGAGAGAUAGUGGGAGAGAGAGAGCGAUGCAGUUAAUCUCCUCGGUCACUCAUUGUUCAACAGUUAAUAGUUUUCAGUGAAUGUAAAUAGUUGCUCAGUGGUUUGCGGGGAUUGAGAGCAUCGCAACGCGAUCUGUAAGAACAAGUGGCCGACGUGUUUUUUUCGCUCGGGGCUUCCACGUCCUUCUUUUUCUCUUCUAUCUUCUUUACAUCCGUCCCUUCUCCUUUUCCCCGAUUUUUGUUCCCGAGCUGCACAAGUUCCCCGUCCUGCGGACCGCCGGCCAGCGGAGAGCGGAGAGCGGAGAACGGAGAGCGGAGGUCCCGUCAGGACCGCAGAGCUGUCCGGUGCUGAACUUGCAAUUCUCUGCUCAUCGCACAGGGACUGACCAGGAAACAAGGACGGAUUUCCAUUCUACUUUAACCUGAGACGAUUCGGACGGAUUAAUUCCAGUUUGCGCUUAUUUUUGUUUGACCUUUUCAAUCGAAGUUGUUCUUCCUCCUCAAAGAAGACCACCCUGUUUAGUUUGCUUCUUUGGCGUCAGACAGAUUGUCGCGCUGGCCAGGCGGGACCCCUCAGCGGUGUGUGUGAGCGCGUGUCGGGGUCUGAGAGUGUGUGUCGUUGGACAAUUCCACCUGCAGCACCAUGCCGAGGUCCUUCCUCGUGAAGAAGGUGAAAUUGGAUGAUUUCUCCAACGGAGCGGAUCUGGAGCACGCCUAUCGGGCCAGGGCAGACCUGAGUCUCCGGCUGCACGACAAAGCAGGGUACAUCAGCGACUACAUCAGCCCCAGUGUGUACGACGUCGAGAGCGAUGGCGGCAUCAAGGUGCCCUCCCCGGACCCCCUCUACGAUGGUAUCCAUAGCGACUAUGGCGCGCCCGACUCUGAGUCCCCCGACAGCCCCGGCUCGGAGAUCGCCGACGGCUACAUCAACGGGGACGCGGCGGUCAGCGAGGGCUACACGGUGGACGCCUUCUUCAUCACCGACGGACGCUCCCGGCGGAAGGCCCUCAGCAACCCGCGCGCCAUCCAGAGGCACACCUGCAACGAGUGCGGCAAGACCUACGCCACCUCCUCCAACCUGAGCCGCCACAAGCAGACGCACCGCUCGCUGGACAGCAAGAUGGCCAAGAAGUGCCCAACCUGUGGGAAGGUGUACGUGUCCAUGCCCGCCAUGGCCAUGCACCUGCUGACCCACGACCUCAAGCACAAGUGUGACGUGUGCAGCAAGGCUUUCAGCCGGCCGUGGCUGCUGCAGGGCCACAUGCGCUCGCACACGGGCGAGAAGCCCUUCGGCUGUGCCCACUGCGGCAAGGCCUUCGCCGACCGCUCCAACCUGCGGGCACACAUGCAGACGCACUCCGCCUUCAAGCACUUCAAGUGCAAACGUUGCGACAAGACAUUUGCACUCAAAAGUUACCUGAACAAGCACUACGAGUCUGCCUGCUUCAAAGGCCCCUUCUCCCCCCUCAGCCCUCUUGAUGCAUGACCCCCACCCCGAUAGAUUAAUACUCAUCAACAGAAGAAACUACAGACUUAUAUUGCCAUUCAUCUUACAGACUAGACCACAGACAUGAACAAACUAUUUUUGGUCAAACUAUGACCUUAUUCCCUCCACCUAUCCUCUCUCUCUCCCUCUCCCUCUCUCUCUCUCUCUCUCUCUCUCUCUCUCUCUCUCUCUCUCUCUCUCUCUCUCUCUCUCUCUCUCUCUCUCUCUCUCUCUCUCUCUCUCUCGCAACGAUGAAUAUAGCACAAAUUUCCUCCUUGAGAUUUCCCCUCUUAAGGAUUUAACUGAUCUACGCAUGCACUUCCUCAAAAAAGAAAAGACAUCCUCCUUGCCUAUCUAUUCUUGGAUAGAACCAGUAAUACUAUUACAGCUUCCCUUGCGGCGCCUAGAUAUGACGACAUAUAUUUUGAGACUAUUAUGAAGGAGAGCUACUGGAUGGCUCCCUGAAUCGAAAAUGGGCAAAAAUGAUUUUCUUCCUUCGACAUUUUGUUUGAUGCCGGAAAAAAGUAAUAAUUAUUAUAAUAAUAGUAAUAAUAUUGAUUUUGAUGCACCAAGUGACCAUAUUCUCUCAACACCUUAGGUAAAGAAGAACUACCUGGAUUAUUUAUUGUUUUAUUUAAUAUAUUUAUUAUAUUAUAUAUUAUUUAUUUAUACAUCUAUUUGUUUUUUUAUAUCCGAUUGAUUUGCAAUGUAUUUAUUUCAUGUCUUUUUUGCAGUUCAGUUUCAGGGUUAUUUGCUGUGUUCGUUUUGUCACUCUAGGCCAAAGCAUAUGUCACUUUUGUAAAUGCUCUUUUUGUUAUACUAUUGUUUAGCUUUUUAAAAUUAUUGUUAUUGCAUGAAAAUAAGGGAAAGGAAUCUAUGCCAACUUCAUGAAAAGCUUUUGAUUUUGCCCAAAUCCUAUAGAUAGCACCUGAGGGCAAUAUGUUUUUCUCUUGGAGCCACCGUAGGACUCUUGAAAGCAAUAAUCACCUAAUGCAUGGUAUUUUAUGAUGAAGUUAUGAAGUAUUACCUACUACUGUAUAACAGUUUAAAAAUCAGGUAUGUUUUACUUCACCUAUAAACAGAAAAAGAUAUUACAGACAUCAGGGAACAUGCCAAUGUAGUGUUAGAGAAACAAAAACUAAAUCCUGUCUUUCCUCUCUUGUUAUGCACCGCCUGCUUCUUAGUGAGUAGAACUAAAGUAGGUUGUAGGCUAGAGCCACUGGGAUCAGCUGCCUGCUAGGACUACGGCCUGUUGUAAGAUAUCCACACCACCUUGAACUGGCGCUAACAAGAUACCUAUCUAUUCUGUACGAGACUUUCCACAAAGGCAAUGCACCAACCCUAGAAACUAGAACAUAGGACAAAGCUCACUGUUAAACACAAGCAGCCCAUUCAUCCCUAUUAUUUAUCCACAGUCAUUGAUAAACCUACAAAUCUGCAAUAAUACAGCAAGGCUACGAGUAAACAUGCUCUUUUUUGAUUGGACUAGGUGUUUUGGAAUAGCACGUGCACACGGUCACAGUCAUAUGUAGUAAACAGGCUACCUCACUACACUUGUGAAUCCAUUUUAAAGUAGGAUUGUUCAACGUACAUGCCCGACUGUGUAUAUUAGAACACCUUCGAUGCACCUAAUGCAUUCUUCAAAUUAUAGAAUCGUGGAAUUCUUCAUCUGGAAUAAAUCCAGUGGACUCAUAGGCAGGCUGGCCUGAACCUUGAUCAACCUGUAGAAGACCCGGUAUAUCUAUAUUAAACGCCAGACAGAGUUGAACAACGGCAUCGUAAUCCUACCAGAUAGGUAAUUUAUCCUAAGUUAGGUAAGCUCUUGCCCUAGCAGGCCAUCUAUGUCCUAUCGCUAGCGAGCCCAGACCUCUGCAGCUCUGAUAAACCUUUGUGCAGACAGCAGAUCUCUCUGGGAGACAGACAAACCCUGGGUCAUCCGCAGGACUUUCCUGCCAAUAUACUGUUGAUAUGGUAUGCUUCUCUCCACACACACACUUGUACCCAAUAUACUGUACCCAAUAUACACUAUUCCCAUAUGUGCUGCUACACACACACACACACACACACACACACACACACACACACACACACACACACACACACACACACACACACACACACACACACACACACACACACACACAAACAAAAACACACACACAUACACGAUUGCCAAAAUACAUAUAGACACAUAUACAGUAUGCUUCUUCCGACACACUCAUUGACACACACACAUGCGUACGCGUACAAAUGCACGCUUGAAACACACACUCCAUCUCCUUCACAUACAGUGCCUACAGACACGAUGACAGCAUUGGGAGAGUGAGACGGGGGUGGACCACCUCCAUGGCCAAUCUUCCAGCAACACGCAACAGAGUAGAAUGUGUGUGUUGAAGUGUUUAAUAUUCAGGUGGGUGACCCCUGCUUUUGACAUAGGGGUGUUGAUAAUCACAGUGCUUCCUCGGGCAUGAGAUUACUGCAUUAGAGAAAAGAGGGUUUGAUUGAUUUCUAAGGUCAUCUGAGGUCACAGGGACUAAAGUAGAGCCUACACUGUUAACAUGGGCCCACUGUGUUGAGUUCAGCUACCAGUACACCUAACACGGUGCCUUCAGAAGAUGAACAUUGCAGCCGUAUCAUUAGAUACCUGUAUGGUUUAUUGGAGAGGUUUAGGUGUGAUAUGUUAUGAAAGUGGUAUGUUUGAGAAUCGUGACAUUCAUUCAGUUGAGAACCAAUAGACAAAGUCAAAUAAUUAUUUUUCAUGACAAAACGUGAUUUCAUGAAACGUCUGCUGGUUUGGUGAUUUUCUUAUGCGUCACAUCUUUCCCCGAUGUGCCUUCAGUAGAUAAUGUUCAUCACGGUUUGUUUAUUGUCUACUAAAGUGUGGUGACAACGCUGAAGGUACAGCAAAGAAGAGGAAUUCUUGGCACAAACACACAUGACCUGAUCUAUUGUAUGCACAGGGUUGGAAGAGCACGUUUCCUCUCUCCUUUUUCUAGCCAUUAAAGUGUGUGUUGAACUGAACCUGUAGUUGGGUCCGUAGAAGCCCAGCUGUUCCUGUGUGUUCCUAUAUUAUGAACACACAGCCAGGAUGACCUAGGUGUUUCAGUGUCUCCUGGAUGAGUUCCCAGUCCGCUUCCUCCAAGCACUUCCAUUCUAAUCAUCUCCACCUAAAAUAAAGUAGCACAAUGAAACUAACUAGAAUUCAGGUAGAGAAGAAAAAAAAACACAACCUUGUACUAGCUUGACCUCUCUUCUUUUUUUGUAUUUCCAAGUUAAAGAAUGACAAUAAACUAAUUAAUCAUUUAUUGCAAGAGGCUUUGUAAAAGAUCCUUUGGAUUGAACCUUUUUACCGCUGUACAGCGAUAUCUUACCUGGCCCCGAUAGCUCUCCGCUGGGGAGAGAGGAGCUCUGGGUUUUUCUGAGCCAGUAUUCAGACAAUGUAAGCACAAUGAACACAAAGCAUUUUGUGGCACUUCAUAAUAAAGAGUAAU